UUGAAGAGAAAGAGUUGAGAGAGAGAGAGAGAGGGGAAAAGAUGUUGUCUCAAUUAUUGAAACCCAUUAAAAUUGUUCUUAGAGGAGAGCUUCAAAAGUUUGUUCAUAAAGAUUUUCAUGAAGUCGUUGAAAGGAUGACUGUCAUCGAUACCUUUCUGUUUUUGAUUAUACAUUUUGUUGAUAAAUUGGGAAUUUGGCAUAAACUUCCUGUGAUUUUGGGGUUACUCUACCUAGCAGUUCGUCGACAUCUUCAUCAAGAAUAUAACUUGUUUAAUGUCGGGCGAACUCCGGUUGGAGUUCGGUUCAACCCAGUGGAUUACCCAUAUCGAACUGCUGAUGGCAAAUACAAUGAUCCCUUUAAUGAAGGAGCUGGUGCCCAAGGUUCUUUCUUUGGCCGAAACAUCCAUCCUGUUGACCAAUCCAAAACGCUAUUGAAACCCGAUCCAAUGGUGGUUGCGACGAAGCUUUUGGCAAGAAGAAAGCUUAUUGACACCGGAAAGCAAUUCAACAUGAUUGCUGCUUCUUGGAUCCAAUUCAUGAUUCACGAUUGGAUUGAUCAUUUGGAAGACACCAAACAGGUUGAGUUGGUGGCUCCAAGUGAAGUUGCAAGUGAAUGUCCGUUGAAAUCCUUUAAAUUCUUCAAGACAAAACAAGUUUCAACUGGCUUUUUUGAGAAUAAAACUGGAUCUAUUAACGUUCGAACACCUUGGUGGGAUGGAAGUGUUUUGUAUGGAAGCAAUGCAGAAAAGUUGGGGAAGGUGAGAACUUAUAAAGAUGGUAAGCUCAAGAUAGCUGAUGAUGACCUUCUUCUUCACGACAAUGACGGCGUUGCCAUCUCCGGCGAUGUUCGAAAUAGUUGGGCUGGUGUCUCUACUUUGCAAGCUCUCUUCAUUAAAGAACAUAAUGCAGUUUGUGACGCCCUAAAGAAGGAGGAUGAAAAUUUGGAGGACGAAGAUUUGUAUAGAUAUGCAAGACUCGUGACUUCUGCUGUGAUUGCUAAAGUUCAUACUAUCGAUUGGACCGUUGAGCUUCUCAAGAUGGACACUUUGCUUGCUGGAAUGAGAGGCAAUUGGUAUGGAUUAUUGGGAAAGAAAUUCAAAGACACAUUUGGACACGUUGGAGGAGCCAUUUUGGGAGGCUUAGUGGGUUUGAAAAAGCCGGAUAAUCAUGGUGUACCUUAUUCCUUAACAGAAGAAUUUGCUAGCGUUUAUCGCAUGCACUCUCUCUUACCUGAUGAUUUCUACCUUAGAGAUGUUUCUGUUGAUCCUGAUCACGACAAAUCUCCUCCAUUGGUUGAGAAAGUGCCAAUGAGUGAUAUGAUAGGGCACAAAGGAGAAGUGACCUCAAAGAAGAUGGGCUUCACGGCCCUAUUAGUCUCAAUGGGCCACCAAGCAAGUGGAGCUCUUGAGCUGUGGAACUAUCCAUUGUGGCUUAGGGAUCUCAUAGCCCAUGACAUGGACGGCAAGGAUAGGCCCGAUCACGUUGACCUUGCCGCUCUUGAAGUUUAUAGGGACAGAGAAAGGAGAGUUGCUAGGUACAAUGACUUCCGUCGGGGAUUAUUUCUCAUUCCAAUCUCCAAGUGGGAAGAUCUAACUGACGAUGAAGAGGCGAUUGAAGUACUUCGUGAAGUGUACGGUGAUGAUGUGGAGGAGCUUGAUAUUUUGGUAGGAUUGAUGGCAGAAAAGAAAAUCAAAGGCUUUGCUAUUAGUGAGACUGCUUUUGUCAUUUUCUUGAUCAUGGCUUCAAGGAGGUUAGAGGCAGAUAGAUUCUUCACAAGUCAUUUCAACGAAGAAACAUACACAAAGAAAGGAUUGGAAUGGGUAAACACAACAGAGAGUUUGAAAGAUGUUAUAGAAAGACAUUAUCCAGAGAUUUCAAACAAAUGGAUGAACUCAUCAAGUGCUUUCUCCGUUUGGGAUUCUCCUCCUAACAAGCCCAAUCCCAUCCCUAUUUAUCUUCGUAUUCCUCAUUAACUUUGUUUUUCCUCUUUUCUUCGGUUUUCAUAGCCAUGUUAUUAUUGUUGUCUUAUUUUUCUUUUGAUCUUUUUCUUUAAUUCAUGUUUUAAUGUUUAGAUUUAAAUUUUGAUUCUCGUAUUUUCUAAAUAAAUAAGAAAGUUGUUAACUUGUUUAUUAUUAUGCA